AGAAACGACAAACGCAGAAGACAAACGAUGGAUCACAGAAGAAACACUGGAAGCAAACUCCUCAUUCCCGUGCUGUAUCUGGCGGCGGCGUGCAGCGGCGUCCAAAUCAGUGACCUGCUCGACCGAGCCUCUCAGCGCUCUGACAAACUGCACGCGCUCAGCUCAACUCUCACCCACGACCUGGACUUUCACUUCCCUCCUAUAGGUCGGAUGAUCAUGCCCCGCCCCUCGAUGUGCCACACCUCCUCUCUGCAGACGCCCAAUGACAAGGAGCAGGCUCUGCAAGUAUCAGAGUCCGACCUGUUGUCAUUGGCUCGCUCUCUGCUCCAAGCCUGGGCCGACCCCCUGGUGGUCCUGUCCACCUCCGCUAACAGCCUGCCCCACCCGGCCCAAAGCACCAUAUCCAACAAGAUCCAGGAGCUGCAGCAGCACUCCAAGAGCCUCGAAGACGGCCUGGAUAUCCUGUCCGGGAAGAUGGGUCCGGCGGCUCAGACGAUCUCCUCGCUGCCCUACAGAGGAGGCAACGACAUCGGGCAGGACAGGAUUUCAAAACUGGUCAACUUCAACUUCCUCUUGUCCUGCUUCCGCCGCGACUCCCACAAGAUCGACAGCUUCCUCAAAGUGCUGCGCUGCCGGGUGGCAAAAGUCCCAGAGAUGUGCUGAAGAUCGAAUCGAUUUUUAUCGCAGCUAUCAGCUACAUUAGCACCUGCUAGAAAUCUGAGCUAAUAUCCUAAAUACUGAGUAGUCGGCAUUUCAAACUUUCACGCGGUGAAGACGAGGAGUUUCAUGGCACACACAGGAGAUGAUGAAUGUAGGAGAGAGCAGAGAUGAUGAAUGUAGGAGAGAGCAGAGAUGAUGAAUGUAGGAGAGA